CUUUGCAGCCCCUUUGGAGUUGCUCUUCUACUCCCCUGGGUGUGCGUGAAGUGGGGGUCGCUCCCGGUUCCCUGAGAUUAUGAACCAGAGCGGAAAGAUCUCUUCAGGUUCAGCUGUGCCAGGUGCUGAAGAAAGGAUUGAAGACCGCCACUCGGCACACCUCGGAGACAUCAGUCUCUGACCUGAUUCAUACAAGCAGAGACAGCUUCUCCUUGCAGUGCUAGCUUUCCACGUGCAGGGAAUGUUCUGUGAUGGGAAAUAGCAUUUGCAGUUGUCAAUUUCAGGGCUGGAAUCUCCCACCUUCUCCCUUGAGCCAGGCAGGCAGUCCAGUUUUUGGCUCUUAGUGUGUAGCAACGGACAUGAUAUAUAAUUUGACAGUGAAUCUGGAGUGAUCCAGUGAUGCAUGAUUUGGUCCCAGCGGGUCUUUCGUUCCUUCCUGCUCAGGGUGCCAAGCAAUGCAGCCGCCUCCUUUGCUCUUUGGGAAACUGAGGGAGAGGCCUCCCCUCCCCAAAUCCCCUUUCUUCUUCUCCCUGGUGAACUCCUGGUCCUCUGAGUUGCAGGUUGCUUUUCUACUCCCCUGGAGUGAUUGGAAGGCCCUGAAGUUACUGCAGAAGGGCUCCAGCCUUUUAAUAAAGCUGCACAUUGAUAUUCGAGAGCUACCCCUGAAAAGAAAGAACAGACGACACACCAAGGAACAUCAGAACUUCUAGCCUGUUCAUCUUUAUAGGACUGGCUUGACAGAAGAAAGAAAACAGGCCCAAACUGGAGAAGCCUUUUUCGUAGCCAACUGAGAAAGGCAUCUUUUCAGAGUCAAAGGCUGCCAAGUAGAAGAAGGAGAUGGAAGGACAGGACCCAGAAGGAGUGGGGCAUUGCAAGAGAGCAAGGAAAGGCCCCCGUCCCAUGCAAGCUGGGAGUGGUGUUGAUUUCUGGGAGAGAGCUGUGCCGAAGAUCUGGAAUCAAGCAUCCCUGAAUGCGGAAGUGCUUUUCCAGCAGUUCCGCUAUCACAAUGCAGAUGUGCCCCGAGAAGUUUGCAGCCAGCUGCAUGGACUGUGCAACCGCUGGCUGAAGCCAGAGAGGCACUCCAAGAAGCAGAUCCUGGACCUGUUGAUCCUGGAGCGGUUCCUGACCAUCCUGCCCCGAGAAAUGCAGCGCUGGGUUAGAGGAUGCUGUCCGGAGACCAGUUGCCAAGCGGUGGCCCUGGCAGAGGGCUUCCUCCUGAGUCAAGACCAGGAGAAGAAACUGGCAGAGCAGAGGUGGGAUCCAUCCAUGAAGAUGGAAACGAAGUUCUCUGAGAGGGAAAGAGCUCCGCUGGAGGAAGGGCAGCCUGCCCAUGACGAGGAACGUGCCCCAAAUGCCCUCUCACGUGGCAGUGAAGAGAGAGUGUUGAUCCCUUCUCUUUGUGGAGGUGUGAAAACAGCUGCUGUGCCUCCAAUCCAGUCUCUGGUUUCCUUUGGGGAGGUGGCCGUGUAUUUCGGAGAGGCAGAAUGGGCGUUACUGGAUCCAGACCAAAGAGCUCUCUACGAGGGCGUCAUGCUGGAAAACUAUGAGAGUGUGGCCUCUUUGGCAACAGAUGAGCAGUGGUCUGAGGGCAAUGGGGAAGUGCAUGAGCUGUUGCCAGAGAAAGAGAGGAAUGGAGAUUUGAAAGGAAAUUUCAGGAAUCAAGGCAAACCAGAAAAGCAGACAGGAAGUCACAUGCCUAAGAAGAGGGAUAAAUCCAUUCCUGGCCAAGGACAGGAUUGCCAUGAAGUAAUCCAUACAAUAGAGGAAACAUAUAAGUGCUUGGAGUGCAGAAUGAACUUCUCAGAUCACAGCCAGUAUGAAAUCCAUUUGCAAAUGCACAGUGGAAAGAAGACACAUCAAUGUUUGGAGUGUGACAUGACUUUCCUUAGCAGAGCAAAGCUCCAGAUGCAUCAAAGAACACAUGAACGAGAGAAACCUUAUAGUUCCUCAGAGUGUGGCAAGAGCUUGUCACAAAAAUCAGAUUUUUUUCAACACCGAAGGACUCGUUCAGGAAAGGAGGCAUUAAUCUGCUUAGAGAGGAAAAUAAUCUUUUCUGGUAGAAGAAAGGGUAAUGUACAUAUUCCAAAACACAGCAUAGUGAGAGCACAAAAAUGCUUUCAGUGCGGAAAGUUGUUCAGCUGCAGAUCAAAGCUCCUCGUGCACCAAAGAACCCACACAGGAGAAAAACCUUUUGAAUGCAUAGAGUGUGGAAAGAGAUUCAGUCAGAGUAGCAAGCUUAAACAGCAUCAAAGAACUCACACAAAUGAGAGACCUUUUGAAUGCUCAGAGUGUGGAAAGAGAUUCAAUCACAGAAACAGUCUUCAAGGGCAUCAAAGAACUCACACAAAUGAGAGACCUUUUGAAUGCUCAGAGUGUGGAAAGAGAUUCAGUCAGAGUAGCAAGCUUAAACAGCAUCAAAGAACUCACACACACGAGAGACCUUUUGAAUGCUCAGAGUGUGGAAAGAGAUUCAGUGACAGAAGCAGUCUUCAACGGCAUCAAAGAACUCACACAAAUGAGAGACCUUUUGAAUGCCCAGAGUGUGGAAAGAGAUUCAAUCACAGAAACAGUCUUCAAGGCCAUCAAAUAACUCACACAAAUGAGAGACCUUUUGAAUGCUCAGAGUGUGGAAAGAGAUUCAGUUACAGUAGCAAUCUUCAACGGCAUCAAAGAACUCACACAAAUGAGAGACCUUUUGAAUGCCCAGAGUGUGGAAAGAGAUUCAAUUACAGAAACAGUCUUCAAGGGCAUCAAAGAACUCACACAAAGGAGAGACCGUUUGAAUGCUCAGAGUGUGGAAAGAGAUUCAAUCAUAGUAGCACUCUUCAACAGCAUCAUAGAACUCACACAAAUGAGAAACCUUUUGAAUGCCCAGAGUGUGGAAAGAGAUUCAGCCAGAGUUACCAUCUUCAAAUGCAUCGAAGAACUCACACAAACGAGAGACCUUUUGAAUGCUCAGAGUGUGGAAAGAGAUUCAGUCAGAGUUACAAUCUUCAAAUGCAUCAAAGAACUCACACAAACGAGAGACCUUUUGAAUGCUCAGAGUGUGGAAAGAGAUUCAGUCUAAGUAGCGGUUUUCAACGGCAUCAAAGAACUCACACAAAGGAGAGACCUUUUGAAUGCCCAGAGUGUGGAAAGAGAUUCAGUCAGAGUGGCAAUCUUCAACAGCAUCAAAGAAUUCACACAAAUGAGAGACCUUUUGAAUGCUCAGAGUGUGGAAAGAGAUUCAAUGGCAGUAACACUCUUCGAAAACAUCAAAGAACUCACACGAAUAAGAGACCUUUUGAAUGCUCGGAGUGUGGAAAGAGAUUCAAUGAAUGUUACACUCUUCAACAACACCAAAGAACUCACAUAGGGGAGAAACCUUUUGAAUGCUCAGAGUGUGGAAAGAGAUUCCAUCAUAGUGGCAAUCUUCAAAAACAUAAAAGAACUAACACAAAUUGCCAUGACAUGUAGAUUAUGAUAAUCAUAUCCUAUUCAGCAGAAUCAUGAGUCAGCAAACAGGGAGUGAUGUGACAGCUGGCAACAGCAGCCAGACUGGUUCAAACUAGAUCCAAGUAACCUUUACAGUGAUUGGCUCAACAAAGUAUGUAAGGAACUGAAUUGUACUGUACUUUUGUUCCUUUGAAAAACCAGUGUCUGGUGAAGCGCUUUGGUUGACUGUUUCAGAACUCUGUAUAUAUUAUCCUGUACAUAUAUCAACUCUGUGAUAAAAGCCUUCUUUGGACAGAACAGUGUAUGUUGGAUAUAUAUAGGUGGACUACUGUCUAUACUUGUCUACUCUGAGUAGUACCGCUCUAUGUCAGCUGACAAAUUAUGGGCCCAGCUCUGUGGUCUCCUUGUGAGUAGGACAGCAGAAGUAGUUCGUUUCUGCAAGCUCUGGUGCAGCUGUUUGGAACAGUGUCUGAGAUGGCGUUCACAGCAGCCAGAAUGCCUUUUGAAUGGCUCAAUGAGAGCAAAUAUACAGCGUGGGCAUGUAAGAUGUAAUCUUAUCUUAUCCGGGAGGAUUUAUGGUUUGUCAUGGAGACAACCCCAGCAGCUGGCAAUGCGGUUGGCAAGCGUGCUGAUUCGAAAGCCGGUUGUAGAGAAAGUGUCUGUAUUAGCCAGAGGCGUUCCUCCCAUUGGGCAAAGUGGGCAGUUGCCCAGGGCGCCACCUUGUGGGGGGCACCAACAAUGCAGGUGGGAUUUUUUAGAAUUUCCAGUGUUUUUUCUGUUUUUGGCUUG